CCGAUGGAGCCUGAGGAGCGGAAGAUCUCGGUGUGGAUCUGCCAGGAGGAGAAGCUGAUCUCCGGGCUCUCCCGGCGGACCACCUGCUCGGACGUGGUGCGGGUACUGCUGGAGGACAGCCACCACCGGCGGCAGCGCCCGGCGCCGCCCGAGCCCGCCGGCGGGAUGCUGUCGGGGCCGCCGCACUCCUACUGCAUCGUAGAGAAGUGGCGCGGCUUCGAGAGGAUCCUGCCCAACAAGACGAAAAUCCUGCGGCUCUGGGUGGCGUGGGGGGACGAGCAGGAGAACGUGCGCUUCGUGCUGGUGCGCAGCGAGGCUUCGCUGCCCAACGCCGGGCCGCGCAGCGCCGAGGCGCGGGUGGUGCUGAGCAAGGAGCGCCCCGGCCGCGGCCUGGGGGCGGCCCGCGCCAGCCUGGCGCUCACGCAGGAGCGGCAGCGGCGGGUGGUGCGGAAAGCCUUCCGCAAACUGGCCAAGAUCAACAAGAAGAGGCAGCAGCCGCUGGCUCGGGAGGCCUCGUCGGCGGAGAGGAUGGAGACGCUGGUGCACCUGGUGCUCUCGCAGGACCACACCAUCCGACAGCAGAUCCAGCGGCUCCGCGAGCUGGACCGCGAGAUCGACAGGUACGAGGCUAAGAUCCACCUGGACCGCAUGAAGCGGCACGGCGUCAACUACGUGCAGGACACCUACCUGGUGGGCACGGCCGGCGGCGAGUCCGAGCCGGGCCGGGAGCCGGGCCAGCCCGCCGCCGGCCGCCCCGAGGAGGACUACGCCAGGAAGUGCGAGGAGGUGCUGCAACUGCAGGAGCAGCGGGCGCAGCAGGAGGAGCUGCUGGAGCACCUGGCCGCCGAGAUCCAGGAGGAGCUCAACGAGCGCUGGAUGAAGCGGCGGCGGGAGGAGCUGGAGCUGGCAGCGGGGCCCGGGCUGGCCGACACGGACUGCGACACCACGGAGCUGAGCGGCGGCGAGGGCGAGCUGCACCUGGAGCACGAGCGGGUCAAGACCCAGCUGAGCACCAGCCUCUACAUCGGCCUCAAGCUGAGCACGGACCUGGAGGCCGUCAAGAGCGACCUGGACUGCACGCAGCGGGCGUGGGAGGACAAGGAGCGGGAGCUGCAGCGCCUGCUGGAGACGCUGGGCACGCUGGACGUGGCGGAGGCGCCGGCGGAGCCGCGCGGGGCGGCGGGCGGGGGGCGGCCGGCGGCGGCGGGCGGCGGCUGGGUGGAGCAGGCGCGGGCGCUGCGCAAGGACCGCGCCGACAACGACGAGGACUCGGACACGGGGCUGAGCUCCAUGCACAGCCAGGACUCGGACUCGCUGCCCGUCUGCGAGUCCCUCGUGUAGCGCCCGGCCGGCCCGCCGCAGCCACCCCGGGCGCAGGGCGGGCGGAGCGGGGUGCCGGGGCAGAGGGCGGCGGAGGACUGCGGGCAGGUGUGGGGCAGGCGAGGAACCUCCCGGCGCAGGAGGCAGUCACACAGAGGAAACAUUUUAAUUUGAGCUCUGGAGUUGGAACUUGUUCUGACUAGUCAUCCGCGGGCAGCGUUUAGGCUGGCUCGCCGGUACUUUUAUCUAAGGAAGAGAAAACCCGCAGCGUGUUUGUGUUUCAUUCACGUCUGGGAUUGCUCGCUCCUUAAAUCCUGCCGCUUGCUUCUCUCCGAAGCUUCUCUUGCCGGGCUUUUUAAUGCUCCGGCUGCCCACGAUGUCUCCGCUGUAGUCCGGGGCUGCCCCGGGUGAGCUCUUCACGA